CUGCUCUGUAAGUUCGUUCGUCAGCCCGGCUCAAGCAUUCCCUCCGCUCCGUUUCGGUCGCCGAUAUAGCAGGUAUAUAGGGUCGAAGAUCCUCCAACAGUCCACAAUAUCAGCACUGCCAAUCUCCUCGCAUCACAUUCCGAGCAAUGUCAGAGAUCACGAAACCUCUUCCCCUGGUUGUCAUCUUGCAAGAGCCAGGCUCUGAGAUUGAUUUCGAUCGCUACAUCGAUUGGUACAACAACGAGCAUGGUCCGCGCCGGCUUACCAUCGAUGGCUUUCUCACUGCCGCACGAUGGAAGGCCACAGACGGCAAGAAGCCCUCCUGGCUCACCCUUUACGACCUCACAUCGGAGGACGUCGCCAACGGGGAUGCAUAUCAAGCCGUCGUCGCCCAGGGGUCCGAGAACGAGAAAGACAUCCUCCAGAAGCUCGAGUUUGGUGCACGCCGGCUAUACCGGCCGCUCUCGUCACGCACGCACCCGUCCACGACGGCGGAGCAACUGCCAGGGAAGUUCGUCCUGGCGGUGUGGAUGGAUGUGAAGCCGGAGGGCGAGGAGGAGUUCAACAAGUGGUAUGACGAGGAGCAUCUGGUCCUCCUGGAGAAGGUUCCGGGCUGGCUGCGUGGGAGGCGAUAUACGCUUGUCAGUGGGAAGUCGCAUGGUGCGCUGCCUGGCGGCGAGCCGCACUACAAGUAUCUGGCGGUGCACGAGUUUUCGAUGGGCGGAUUCGCGGAGACGCAGGAGCUAAAGACAGCGAUAAGCACACCAUGGCGUGACGAGGUGGCAAAGUACGUUACCGCGAGGGACCUUCGGGUCUUCGAGCUCGACGUCGUGUAUGAGAAGCCAAGGAAGUAACUAGUCGAUGGAAAGGUAGAAUUGGAUCACACUCACCUGCGCGUACGAAGGCCAAUGGAACCUGUUCAUCCUCGAGCCAUACUUUUGUCAACACAACACAUAGAUAGCAUGAAG